AUAGUUAUUAACGUUAACUUUAUUUCAUAAAAACGUAACCUGUUUUCUGAUUUGGCACCCUUCCUGAAAGACGUAGUUCUACGUCAAAAAAAUUUCGUUAUUUUUUUUUAGACUAAUACUUCUCAUUUUCUAGAAAGCCAUCUGGAAUCAAAACAGUGUUCAUUUCGCCUGAAAAUCAAUUAUUAUCUUUCACGCUCCCUUAAACUCGUAAACGAAGCUCAAUUCGCGUUGACGGCAUUAAGUUUCAUUUACGAAUUUAGGAGAGCGUCGAAGAUAAUGAUUGAUUUUCAGGAUAAAGUGCGCUACACAUACAACGUCCCGUCACAGUAAAGUCAACGUAAAGGAAUGAAAUGUCAAAUAUUCUCCCAUGGAAAUCGUAUGGUAGCAUUCACAUACACCAUCACCGGCAACUUUGACGUCGGCAAAAUAAGUCCUAGAGAAUAGUUGACGGGACGGUGACGGUGAUGCUGGGCCUGAUGACGAACGUCACUUCACGGUGAAAACGAAAUGAAUUGUUUGCAAUUUGUAUGCAUUUCAUUCCGUUUUCACCGUGAAGUGAUGUUCGUGAUCAGGCCCGCUGUAUGUGUAGCGCACUUAAAACUGCAGCGGCUGUAUGUUUUUUUUCUCUGGGUUUGAAUCGAUUAAUCGACGUAAAUUAUUUGUUCGCUUCGAUUAUUGGUUGUGCAGUAUUCGUUCGAAUAAUAAUCGAUUUCUGUAGGAAGUAUUCGAUUGAUCGAUGAAUCGAACGAUUAUCGGGGAUCACUAUCCAAGAGGGCGUGGAAGAGAAAGUAUGAAAAAGGAGAAUGAAUCACGAGCAGGCGCAACCCUGUUCAAUCCUGUCGUACUAGCAUCGUGUUGUGCAGCGGGUCAUGGUGUGUUUUAGCCUCUGAAAUUUCUCUGCUGGUUCUGCUGUGUGCCGCUGAGCAUUGGUGAAAGUUUGACAUUCUGAGGUGUUUACGGCGAAUCUGCACCGUGGUCCUUCGACGAAAUAGAGGAAGCUGCGAUCUAUGUAUGUGGUCGUGAGACGUGUGGAGACACGAAUUGUUUAUUAACGAAAUGCGAUAAGUUUCCUUGAAGCUCAACUCUGAUCGUAAUACAUUUUAGCAAAAAUCUCUAUACACAUGUGCAAUUAAAGUAUACAUUUGAAAACAUUGAGAGCAUAUCAACUAAAUGCUGAGUCGGUGCGCUUAAUAUGUAAAAAAAAAUCUCUGAGUGUAUGAAUAGACUGCGAACGCACUCCGCUACAUUAAAAUGUUCCUCGGCUCUUGGAUGAGUGUUUACGGACAACAAGAUCAAUGGCGCUGACACGUCCAGGACGUUUCAUCACCGUGUAAUCAGUGUACAUUAAGCAUUUUCCUGUGUCACAUUCUCUUCAAUGAGCAUUAAUUUAUGUGUAAAUUAUUUUCCGUUUUCGACUCGGCGUAGAGGGCAGCCAUCGGCAAACAAAAUUUUAGCUAAAACCAAAUAGAAAAAGUGCAAACAUGACUGAAUACGUUAAACAGUUUUUGAUGCUUUUCAUGAAUGAAAAGUGUUACGAUAACUACUUUGUAGAUUUCGACUUUCUCGACGUGGACUGUUUCAAGGCACUUCUCAGCAAAGGAUUGGGCAUAGCCAUCAUUGCAGGAUCAGUAUUAGUGAAAGUUCCUCAGAUUAGUAAGAUUUUGGCUAACAAAUCGGCACAAGGCAUCAAUUUGUUCAGCGUCUGUCUGGACUUAUUCGCGAUUACGAUUCAUAUGUCGUACAGCUUCGUCAAUGGGUUCCCUUUCAGCGCAUGGGGAGAUACCUCAUUCCUAGCACUUCAAACAGCUUUGAUUGCGUUCUUGGUGCUCUGGUACGGAGGUGCAAAAGCUCAAGCAUUCAUUUUUUCUGUCAUCUUCACUGCCACCACUUAUGCUCUGAUGGGAGGACUUACGCCACUCAAGUAUCUUUUGAUCGCUCAAGGAUUCAAUGUUCCAAUUAUUCUGCUGGGAAAACUGUCUCAGGCUUAUACUAACUACAAGAAUGGAAGCACUGGCCAAUUGUCGGCAGUAACAUGUUUCAUGGUUCUGGCAGGAUCGCUCGCAAGAAUCUUCACUUCGAUUCAAGAAACGGGAGAUCAAAUGAUGGUAAUUACCUACGGCUGUUCGUCGUUCGCCAAUGCAGUUAUCGUGCUUCAACUGUUAUACUACUGGAAUGCGGACAAAAAGACUUCAAAUGACGGCGGAGCUUCAAAGAAAGCAUCUAAAGCGAAGGCUAAGAAAAUUAAUUAAAGAUUCUUGACUGAAGAAAACGAAAUCAUGAUUCCAAUGAUGUAGACGAAGUACAAAACUAAUUCUGUAGCUGUUUCAAUAAGAAAAAGAUUAAGGAUGAUCUCAUCGGGUUCAAUGAUGUUCAUUAUUCUUUCUCUUCAUUCGUUCUUUAGAUGUUCUAGAAAGGUUUGAAGUCAUCGCUCGCCAAUGGCGAACUUUUUGAUUAUUAGAAAAACUAAUAGGUGAAACGAAACAGUUGAUAUUGCGAGUAAAGUCAGUUUUGGUGCGUGUAGAUUUUUUUUUUCAAUAAAGAAGAUGAAUCUA